UUUCCUGUAGUUCGCCUUGGACUAAAAUCAACAGAGUAGUUUAACUUCAGGAUUAUUUGCAGUUAUGAGCAGCAGUGAUACAAUGCGAAAUGUGUCAUUAACACGACUGCAUUAAACUGUCGUUUUGGAGUUUGUUACAAACUUAAUUGACUGUAGGCUUUUUUCAUGGUAUUCUGCGAAAAUGACAACAAAUAGUUGAUUUUAGGUGGUUUCAUUUUUGUGAAAAGACGCAAAACCGGCGAAUGUUUUGGAAAAUCAAUAGCCACGCUACACAUUGAUUUAAUUUUUCAGUUUUUUUUGUUUUUCUAUAAACUCACUAAACAAUCAUGCAAUUUUUUACUGUUACAUUGAGGACAAAUGUAGCAGCGCGGAUUUAAUGUGGUGGCAUUUGCAGGGAAUUAUAACCCAGCGUCUAAAAGGCAUCUUCACGGCGCCUCACCUGCCUUUUAAUCGGCGCCCCACAGUAAGAUAGCGCAGGCAGUCAUCGUGCUGAAGGCGCUAUGGCUCGGCUCUGGUGUGCCGGAGCACCCUCGGUGUGCACGAUGGCGGUGUUGGUGCUCCAGGUGGUCUCCACAACACUGGCCCGGCGUCACGCCGUCUACUGGAACAGCACCAACACAAGACUAGUCAAAGGAGACUUGAGCGUGCAGGUGAACAUCGGCGAUUACUUGGACAUUUACUGCCCACACCACCCCCCCGGGGCGCCUGCGACGGCCCCCCCGGAGACCCUGGCCCUCUUCCUGGUGCGGGAGGUGCACUUCCAGGGCUGCGUGGAGACGCGGGCCUCGGUGAAACGCUGGGAGUGUAACUGGCCACAUGCCCCCUACGGACCCGUGCGCUUCUCGGAGAAGAUCCAGAGGUUCACUCCCUUCUCCCUGGGGUUUGAGUUCCUGCCCGGUCACCGUUACUAUUACAUGUCUCUUCCCACGGAGGAUGGACCCCCCCAGCCCUGCCUGAAGCUCCAGGUCGCAGUAUGCUGUGAGUCAGGCACCGCGGCUCCUCGCAGCUCCGUCUCGACGCCAGUGACGACCCCGCUCCUGUUCUUCAUCUUCCCCCUUCUCCUCCUCUUCCCCGCUGCCUGACCUGGCCUUGCACGGGCUGCCCCAUGGACGGCCGGACACGCAGCAAGACCCCGGCCCGGCAGCUAUUUGGCCGAAAGCACUUACCUUCCUCACACAGAAGGACGAGAGCGCCAUGCAGACAGGGGGCUAUAUUUGCAUGCGCUCUAAUUCUAGGCACAUGCCAAUUUAGUCUGGUCAUUGGCUUUGCACGUUGCUUAUUAUAAGUUCCGCACAGACGCAGGUGUGUAGCCUGGUAGCAGUCUGAGCCUUGACCCCUCCACCCGUGUCACCGCUGUCAUUUCUGGAGUGGCACUAAUCCCUGCCCGUAUUUCAGAUAACUCCCCUCCUCCCGGUCCCUCUCCCUCUCUGCCCUUCCAAGGCCCUCGAGGUCCCGCAUUCCCUUCCCUGAUAAAAGUUCGCCCUGAAACGGACGGACACUAAUCUCUGAUCAAAAGCCCAUCCUCUCCCCGCCCCGCCGCUCACCACCUUCAUCUCGCGUCCUCCAGCUCCUGCUGUCGUUCUGCUGUAAUUGCACGUUGCUGCUCAGUCGGGCCAAAGGGGGCGGGAGGGGAGCAGCGGAUGUGGGGCUGAGCGGCGCCCAAAUGGGAUCGGACCCGGCGACGGAGCCGGUCCCACGCUGCACCGCAAACCCAAACCACGUGAGAUCAUGUGGUAUUUUUGUACAUUGACUUCAGCUGGCCACACAGGGACAAGCCAGAGAUGUUUAAUGGGAAGAAGGACCAGCUGGACCAGUGGGGACACCUUCAAUGAGAAAGGGACCUUUCGAUCAAAAUCGAAAACGCCCAUAUAAAAAUUUGGUAAAGAUCUCUGCUCUUGUGUUUUACAAUAUUAAUGAUACACAGGAGUAGGUAGACUGUGCCUAACGCUCCCUCUCCAUUCGCCACUGGAGCAAAGCUAUACGAGCCGAUAAGGAAACUGAUUAAUGGUCAAAACUGCUUGGCGUGGCGAGUUUUCGUGCUGAUGGGGUGCUACAGGAGGCUGGGCUGUCCACUUAGUUCUGGAGUACAGCCAGCGCUGCCUUGUCAGUCUUAUUUGUUUAACAAGGAUUUAAUUAAAGCAAAAUUAGUUUAGGUCAUCAAGGAGGUUUCUGAUCCGGAUCCGCAGCCCUUUGAUGUACUGAAUAUCUCACAUGAAGGAUGAAGAAAACGCUCCCUUCUCUCCCACUUCCUUUAUAUAAUUUCUUAAAAUGUUUACAUUCGUAAUAGAAAUGGAAAAUUUUGGAAUACUGUUUAAUUUGAUAAUAAAUAUUGAUGAAGGCAUCACUCAAAGGGACUUGAAUGGUAUAUAGCUGCAAAACAAUAAUAUUCAUUAUCUUGAGAGCCUUUCUGUUAUAAAAUAUUAAUUCUCAAUUCUCGGUUGUUUUUGAAUCAAAGCUGAACUUGACUGGUCUUGGAACAAAACGGUUUUUGUUUGCGGUUCUUUUUCUUUUCCUUUUUACAUUGUCAUAUCAGAAUAAUUUUAUAAAUGGUAGCUACACAUGGAAACAAUUCUGCGUGUUAAAAGGGGUUGCAGGGUGUGAAAUGCGGAAGCUUUAACCUAGUUUAACUCCUGAUUCAGACUAUAUCACAGUUGCCCUGUAGGAAAAUGUAUUAUUUUUGUAAUCGGUAUCUUUUUUCACAUUUUAGUGAAGAAUUUAACAUCUUCUGUGAAGAACUACAGUUGGGGUCCUUAACAAGGAAUAAAAAAUGUAUAGUUAAUAAAUAUGAUUCCAAUAA